UAUUAAAGUCUAAUUAUAUGUUGCUUUUCCAACUUUUCUAUAGCCACUGGCUCCUUUCUAUUCCUUGCACAACCACUCCUCCUCAAACCAAAAGUCAUCCUUUACCUUCUGCUCAGAAGAAAGGCCACACAACUCACAAGUGAUUUUGAGAGUCAGCUAGCAAGGAAGGGGAACAAAGGCGCGCAGCUGCUACGGAUAGUUUCUUUCUUCGUGUAUCGCCGUUCAUGCAUCGAUCAUAGCAGUUCAGAUGUGAAGAAGGAGAAGAUUACUUUUGGAAUUGGUAGGAUGUUUCAGUCCCUUAAUUUGAAGAUGGGCAAUUAUCUGUGAAGUGGUCAAGAAGCAAGUUCAGAGCUUAUUAGUUUGUUCAAGGAAGCAUCUGAAUGGCUUAUCCAUCCACCUCCGGCAUGAUCCAAGAUUCUUCCUCCCUCCAUGGCAGCAUCAUUGCAGGAGAAGGGAUCAUGAAGGUUAUGACAUGCCAUCUGAUCUGGAUCAAGCCCUCCUCCUCUACUUUGAUGGCCAGCAAGCUAAGCCAUCAACUCAAGAACAACAGCCGCAGACUCUCAACAUCUUCCCUUCCGAGCCAAUGCAUGUAGAGCCAUCACCAAAGGGUUUCAUGGCUUCACCAGCGGCACCUCAGAUCCCCGGCCCUUCCAAGAAAUCGUCGUCGCCGCUUUCAACAAAGGCAGGAGGCAAGAGCUCCAAGGCAGCAAUCGAGAGAGAAGGUAGCGCCGGCAAGCGCGGCGGCGCCGCUGCGUCGAGCUCGGAGCAGGAUGGCCCCCGGACGCCAGACCCCAAGACGCUGCGGAGGCUCGCGCAAAACCGGGAGGCCGCGAGGAAGAGCAGGCUGAGGAAGAAGGCUUAUAUUCAGCAGCUAGAGUCAGGCAGGAUCAAGCUGGCACAGCUAGAACAUGAGAUACAGGUGGCAAGAACUCAGGGUGCACUAUGGGGUGCAGGAACUUUGAGCCCAGAUGCUGCGCUGUUCGACUUGGAGUACGAGCGGUGGCUGGGGGAGCACAGCAAGGUGGUCGCCCGGGUCCGGGCCGCCGCGGAGGAGCACCACCGGCCGGACGGCGAGCUGCGCGCGUACGUCGACGAGGCCGCCGCCCACUACGGCGCGCUGAUGGGCCACAAGUCCCGGCUCGCCGGGGCCGACCCGCUCCACCUCCUCUCCGGCCUGUGGAAGGGCGCCGCCGAGCGCUGCUUCCUAUGGAUCGGCGGCUUCCGACCCUCCGAGCUCAUCAAGGUUGUGCUCCAGCACGUGGAGCCGCUGACGGAGCAGCAGGCGGCGGGCGCCUUCGACGUGCAGCAGUCGGCGCGGCGCGCGGAGGACGCGCUCGACGGCGAGCUGGAGGCGCUGCUGCGCUCGCUCUCCGAGGUCGUUUCCUCCGACGCGCAGCCGCCGGGCAUGCCGUACGGGUACGGCCAGUACUACCACCCGGCGGACGUCGCCGGCUACAUGCACGUGGCCCUCGCCAUGGACAAGCUGGCCUCCCUCGGGACCUUCCUCAGACAGGCGGACGAGCUGAGGAUGCAGACGCUGCACGCGCUCCGGCAGAUGCUGACGGCGAGGCAGGCCGCGCGCUGCUUCGUCGCCGUCGACGACUACUUCUGCCGCCUCCGCGCGCUCAGCACGCUCUGGACCACCAGCCGGACGGCUCAACUGGCAAGAGGUCCGGCUGGUUAGGAUUCAAUGGCAUUGGCGUGCGUACUAGUAGCUAUAGCUAGGUUAGCUACGACGUAGAAGACAAUAAACUAAGCAUAGCACCAUGUGCAGAUGUAUUAAGGAUCACAAGCUUAUACAUAGCUGUGUAGGAAACAGAACAAGUAAAAUGGAAUUGAAGAACAAGAGAAAAACGUGCUGCAUUGUGUGUCCUUUUACUCUUGGUAUAGUAUCAUGCAUUCCACAUA